AUGCCGACUACAUGGGAAACUACUCUCGUAGUAAUUACACUCUUAAUCGUUGUUGCGAUAUCUCAGUCACUUCGAAAGCCAAAAUCAUUCAAGGUCCCAAUCGUAGGUGGUGACAUAAAAGACAUAAACACACUCAAGGCUCGAUAUGUGAGAGAGGCCGACGUUAUUCUUCGUGAGGGUUACGAAAAGUUUAAAGAUGCAAUAUUCCAAGUCAUCACUCCGGAUGGUCCCAGAGUCUUCCUCCCGCGGAGAUUUGCACAUGACCUGAAAGACUACAACCGCCAUGAAGCGAGUGGGAUGAAGGCUCUGUCUGAUCGUCAUAUUGGGCAUUAUACGACUAUUGAUCAUGAAAGUGACAUCAUGCUAGGAGCCAUCAAGAUAGAUCUCAGUCGAAAUCUAGGGACAUUCGUGGGAGAUGUCGAGCACGAAGUUGCUUACUGUUUUGAGACUCAGUUUCCAGCAUGCGAUAAUUGGACCCCAAUUGACCUCCACGACAAACUUCUGCGUGUAGUAGCUCAAGCCUCAGCUCGCAUUUUCGUCGGCUAUCCCAUGUGCCGAAAUGAGGAAUGGCUGGAUUGCAGCACGAAAUUUGCACUUGAUGUCAUGACCGGAGGAGAGAAACUAAAGCAGUGGCAUCCCUACCUGCGGCCCAUUGCUCAGUAUUUCGUUCCCGAAAUGAGACGUAUUCGCGGAGACCAUCAACAUGCUCUGGAGUUGCUGUUACCAGAACUUGACAGAAGACUAGCAGACUGUGGCAAUGGUAAAUCCUCUGCUCAUAAUGAUAUGAUUCAGUGGAUGCAAGACCGCGCAGGGAAGAUGGGGGAUAAAUCUUUCGACAAUAAGGAGUUGGCCAACUUGCAGAUGCUUACAGCGACGGCAGCAAUACAUACUACUCGGCUUGCCAUCAUUCACACCUUAUACGAUCUUGCGGCAAGGCCGGAGUAUGUAAAGCCACUGCGAGACGAGAUAAUGGAGGUAACCAGGGAUAGUAAAGGGAUCCUACAGAAACAACACCUUACCCAGAUGAGGAUGCUAGAUAGCUUCAUGAAGGAAUCUCAGAGACAUAGCCCUUCUUCAGUCGCAACCUUCCAACGGAAGGCCAUGAUCCCCAUAACCCUCUCCAACGGCUUCCACAUACCCGCAGGCACAAUCGUACAAUGCAACACCAACAUCCUCGACGAAUCACCCCCCGACUGGGGCGACCCGCACGCCUUCGACGGGUUCCGCUUCUACAAGCUGCGCAACAGGUCACCCGAGGAUAUCAACCGGUUCCAGUUCGCGAGCCCGACCUACGACAGCAUGCAGUUUGGGUUUGGGCGCGACGCGUGUCCGGGCCGUUUCUUCGCCAGCAACCAGAUCAAGAUCAUCCUCGCCUACAUCCUCUCGCACUACGAUAUCAAGUUCGAGGAUGGGGUCGUUGGUCGGCCGAAGAAUAUUAUGUUCGAGGUUAAUGUAUCGGCUGACCCGACGAAGAUGGUGCUGUUUAAGAGGAUGAGGUGA